AUGGAUUUAUCUCUUUUCCAUCAAAGCAAUCUACUAUACACACAAGAAUCCUUAUCAAGAUACCAGCCUGGUGGAUAUCAUCCGGUUAAAGUUGGCGACACUUUCAAAAGCAAUCGGUACAAGAUUUUCCACAAGUUAGGGUGGGGUGGCUAUUCAACUGUCUGGCUUGCAAAGGAUACAGCAAAAGACCAAUGGGUUUCUUUGAAAAUAAAGACCGCAAAUUCUCAAGCAUCCAAUGAGUUGCAGAAUCUCCGGUUUCUGGGGAACCUUUCCCAGCAAAGCCUUUCGUCUAACUAUAUUGUUCAACUACUUGAUUCGUUCACCCACAAAGGUCCAAAUGGAGAACACGAAUGCCUUGUUUUGGAGCUACUUGGACCCUCUGUCGAUACGGUCCUAGCAGACUAUCGUGAGUCAGAAGAAAAGUUUGAACCGGACGUUUUGCUCCGAAUGUCUUCACAACUUCUGAAAGCUAUUAAGUUUAUUCAUGGGGCCGGCAUGUGUCAUGGUGAUAUUAGUGGCCGAAACAUCGCAUUUAGUUGCUCUAACCUAUCAAGGGCAACGGAGGAAGAGCUUUUCGAAGUCUUAGGCAAUCCAGAGAUUGAACCGCUAGUCUAUACUGAUGGCACGCCUUUACAACCUGGACUACCAACACAGAUUGUCAAGGUGGCAGAAUGGACAAACUGGAUAGACGAGGACGAAGAAGACCUUCGGCUUCUUGAUCUCGGCGAAAGUUUCACCCAGGGAAAAGAGCCUAGCAAGCUUGCUCAGCCCGGCUUUCUUCGAGUACCAGAGACAAUUUUUCUCAAUUCCUUCGACUAUCGCGUCGAUUUAUGGCGUGCAGGAUGCAUGAUUUAUACUUUCAUAUUUACCAGCUAUCCAUUCUCGUAUUUCGAUAGGGACUCUUGGCUAGUUGCCCAAAUGGUAGGCUUUGUGGAGAGCCUACCAACCGAAUGGCAGGCUAAAUGGGGAUCAAUGCUAAUGGAAGAAAGUCAUGAUGUGACAGUGGAAGAAGAUUCCAAAAUGUCGAAGAUUGAACGGAAAUUUUUGGCGAAUGGAAAUCACCCAGCACUCAACUAUUUUCUUCCGGUGAUUCAGGGAUUGAUGAGAUUUCUACCCUCGAACCGCAUUUCUGCUGAAAAAGCACUUGACUUGCUACCAAAGCCCUAUGAUGCUGGUGAAUCAAUGGCAAGUGCCAUCUGA